AAGUGGUGGGUGCUGGCACAAGGGACACCCAGAUUUCACAUCCUUGCUCCUUUUCUUGCAGCCGUGUUACCUCCGAGACUGGGAGAUGCAGGUGCAUUUUAAAAUCCAUGGCCAAGGCAAGAAGAAUCUGAAUGGAGACGGCUUUGCCAUCUGGUACACCAAAGAUCGCAUGCAGCCAGGACCUGUCUUUGGAAGCAAGGAUAACUUCCUGGGCCUGGGAGUGUUCGUGGACACCUACCCAAACGAGGAGAAGCAGCAGGAGGCUCAGAAGAGGAGGUACAGCCCAGGAAAUCAGCGUGUCUUCCCCUACAUCUCGGCCAUGGUGAACAACGGCUCCCUCACCUACGACCACGACCGCGACGGGCGGCCAACGGAGCUGGGGGGCUGCACGGCCAUGGUGCGCAACCUCAACCACGACACCUUCCUGGUGAUCCGCUACGUGAAGAGGCGGCUGACGGUGCUGAUCGAUAUUGAUGGGAAACACGAGUGGAGAGACUGCAUCGACGUACCGGGCGUGCGCUUGCCCCGUGGCUACUACUUUGGGACUUCUUCUGUCACCGGAGACCUGUCAGACAACCACGACAUCAUUUCACUGAAGCUUUACCAGCUGACAGUGGAGCGGACGCCAGAGGAGGAGAAGCGGGACAGAGAGGUUUAUCUACCGGUCGUGGACAACCUGAAGCUGCCAGGAAUGGAGGCGCCGCUUGUCGCCCUCCUGCACCGUGCAGGCCCACCACCCCCUCGCCCGUCUCUGCCGGAAAAGGGAGAAGCAGGAGGGAACUCGCGUCCCCUGCCAGGGCCAGGGGCUUUGGGGGGGCCCCUGUGGCAUUGGGGUGCAGGCCUGGGGCUUCUGGGCCGGCUGUGGCAGCUUG